AUGUCGCCAUCACCCCUAAACAACUCCACCUCCCCUGAGACCCUUACACGACCAAAGAAAAAAGUCAUCAUCGUAGGCGCCGGCCCCGUCGGGCUCCUCACAGCCAUCCGCCUCGGCCAAGAAAACAUCUCGACCCUCCUCCUCGAAAAAGGCGACGUCCUCCACAAAUCCUCCCGCGCAGUCGUCUACAACCCGAUCGUGCUCCCCCUGUUGAAAAGCUUCGGUGUCCUGGACGCCGUCCUGGCAGCCGGCUACCUCAACACGCGCGGCGCCACAUGGCUGAACAUUCGGGACGAGAAGCUCGCGCAUCUAGCCGUCGAGAGCGACAAGCCCGGUGUUUUUGGUGGCGUACUACUGCUGGGCCAAGCCCGCCUCAACGACAUCCUCCUCGACGAAGUGCGCAAGUACCCAAGCGUGGAGAUAAAAUUCGGGGCUGGCUGUACGGGCGUUGAACACGUCUCCGAUAGCGAGGGCGGCGGAGUCAGGGUCAUGACAUGGCAGCGCAACAACGCCCUACAAGAUAUCACAUACGAAGCUUCCUACGUGGUGGCUGCCGACGGCGCAGGCAGCGCAGUCCGUCGCUGCCUCUGCGUGCCCUACGAAGGCUACACCUGGCCCGACUGGAAAAUGCUGAGUACGCACGUGCAAUACGAUUUUGCGGCCGAGAAAAACUAUGACCCCAUCACCGCCAUCGUGGACGCCAAGGACUGGGCGCUGAUCCUCAACACGGGCGAAGACGCGGAGGGCAGGGGAUGUAAGCCCGAGGACGCCGUCUGGCGUGUAAGUUUUGGCGAGGAUCCUAGUCUGCCGAGUUCGAAGGAGGAUUAUAUGCAGCGUGCUACGGAGCGAGUUGGGAAUCAUGUCAAGAAAGGGGCGUCGUACAAAGUGGUCAGCGCUGAGCCGUAUUAUUUACAUCAGCGGUGCGCGGCGGUGGCGAGGAAGGGGAGGGUGGUGUUUGCGGGGGACGCUCUUCACGCCAACAACCCCUCUGGUGGUCUAGGUCUCACGACCGGCAUCUGCGACGCCUACAGCUACUCCAACGCGCUUUGUCGAAUCAUCAACGGCAACGAACCUGACGCUCUGCUCACCGAAUGCGCGGAAUCAAGACGCGCCGCCUUCUUGUCCACUACAAAUCCUACUUCUAUCAUGAACUUCAAGCGCGAUUCAGAUAGCCAGGAUAAAGACGCCGUCAUGUUCCGCAAUAUGUUCUUUGGGCGCCUGAACAACGACCCCGGCGCCUCGAGGGAGGUAGGGAAGAAGUUGCAGGGAUUGCUGUUGAAGGGGUUUGAGAGGCCGGAGAAGGCGGGGGAUGGACGGGUGGGUAAGGCCGUGGAAGCGGUGGCGGCGAGUGGGGCGGGGAGUUUUGCUGAGGGGGAGCCUUUGGUGGGGAAUGGUGAGGUAACGCCAAGGGCGAUAGGCGGGGUGAAGAAUGAGGAUGGUGAGACUCACGUGAAUGGAGUUGGGGGGAGUAAGGUCGAGGGGGCAGGGAAUGGCGUCUUGCCGCUGAAUGAGGCACCGAGAGAUUCGAUCGAGAGUGAGGUUGCCAGGUUGAAGGAUGAUAUGGAGGUUGUGAAGGGGCUUUUGAAGAAGAUUGCGGGGACGGUGGGAUAUUCGUAG